AUGCUGGACGCUCUUAGCGGGUCCAAGUAUUUCACUGUCCUCGACUUAAAGAGCGGUUACCAUCAAGUAGAGAUAACCGAGGAGCACAAAGAACGUACAGCAUUCUCAGUUGCGCCCCUUGGAUUCUAUGAAUACAAUCGCAUGGCAAUGGGGCUGGCGAAUGCACCGGCCACAUAUCAACGCCUCAUGGAAGAGUGUUUGGGGGACCUACAUCUUCACAUAUGCCUGGUGUUUCUUGAUGACAUCAUUGUGUUUUCCAGUUCGUUUGAUGAGCAUCUGGAAAGAGUGGAGAGAGUGCUAGACAGAUUGCGGGAUUGUGGCUUGAAAUUGAACCCCAAGAAGUGCACAUUCGCGCAGGAUCGGGUUAAAUACGUGGGACAUAUCGUGUCAGCGGCUGGUGUCGAGACAGAUCCUGAAAAAUGUGAGAAAGUGAAAAACUGGCCAGUGCCAGGACACCUGAGGAGUCUGAAGAAACGACUGACAGAGUCUUUCCAUCUGGCAGCUGCGGCCUCCAACAAGGCAAGCGAGCGACAGAAAAGUGGCUAUGAUUUCAAGGCAAGGGCAGCCACUAUAGAAGUGGGAGACCGUGUGCUGGUGAAAGCUGUUGCCUUUGACGGCAAACACAAACUGGCAGACCGCUGGGAGACAGAGGUGUACAGUGUACUGAGCCACCCUAACAGCGCCAUACCCGUGUACGUCGUACGGAGAGAGGACGGCGCAGGAAGAAAACGGACUCUUCACCGCAACAUGUUGUUACCAGUGAGCGGAUUAAUACAAGAUGCGCAUCAACAAAAAGGUGCGAGGGAUCACUCGCAUCAUCGGGGGCAACGAACGCUACGCCGCCCGUUCAGAAAGGACGACACAUCUAGUGCAGAGUCAUCCGCCGGUGAAAAUGAGAGCGACAGUGACACGUCUAGCUCUGUGGUCGUACAUACCCGGCCGCCCACCACCAGAUCAAGAGGACAGCCGCCGGCGAGUGAUGACAGUGACCAAGAACAGCAAGCAAGGGACAACAAUGAGGCAGAACCACCCAGGCCACUCCCUGAUCCAGAUUCAGAAAGCACCACCCUUCCUCCACUGCCUAAUGACAACGACAGUCAAGUGCCGGAUGUUCAGGAAGGAGGGAGAGACGAGGAGGGCGCUACGCCACGUGCGGUGGUUACCCCACCCCCGUCACCACGCCACGCCCCGCGAGCGUCCACAAGGCCACGUCAGCAACCGACGUGGAUGAGGAGCGAAGACUACAUACUUCGCCAGCAGCAAACACUAGACAAUUAUAGCUUUAAAUGUGACAAACUGAAAAUGCUGCUGAGCAAGCUAUCUUUAGAAAAACUGCCUGAGACUGUGGUGACCACGCUCAUUAAGGCUGUCUGGCCACUGUUAUAAACACAACAUGGCUACAGCAACAAUUUGUACAUUUAUGUUUAUAAGUUUGCCUAAGAUGUAUAUAUUUUUAUAGCACGUUACAUUUGGAAAAAAAUAUGGGUUCUAGUUUUAAAUGUCGAGGACAACAUUUCUCCUCGAGGGGGUGUAUAUGGUAGUGUGUAGACAAGGGGGCGGCGAUGGUGGGUGGUCGCCGGAAG